GUCCUCCCAGAGUGGAGAGGUUAAAAGAGGGAGGAGGAGAUACACAGUAGGACCUUCCUGUGGGCGUGGCUCCUGGUUAUGGAGGUUUGAGAAGGAAGAGAAUUUGACUGAAACUUUGAAACCAUGGCCUCCUUUUCUGUCCUUCAGGCCACAUUGCUGUUAGCAUUGUUGUCCUUGAGCACUUACCAGACUGAAGUCUUGGCUAAAUUUCACCCACUGGCUCCUGCAUCACUAAGAAUUUCCUUCAAUUCUGCACUUCAGCGUCUGUACUUACAAUGGACUGUCCAAAACUUUCCUCAUCACCAGGAACUGAAAAUGAUAUUUCCGAUAGAAAUCAGUAGAAUUAGAACAUCCAAUAUCAUCUGGGUGGGGAAUUACAGCACCACGGUGAAGUGGAACCACGUCAUCCACUGGGGAUGGGAAUCCGAGCUGCCUUUAGAGUGCGCCACACACUUCGUGAGAAUAAAGAGUAUAGUGGACGAUGCCAGGUUCCCCGAGCUGAGCUCCCGGAGCGAGUGGAGUUCGUGGAACGAAGUUCGCGCCCAAAAUCCUCUUGAACCUAAUGCAUUGUUGGUAUUCCCUAAAAAGAAACUGGUGGAAGAGGGCGCCAAUGUCACUAUUUGCUCUAUUUUUGGAAGCAAUCUAAAAGAUAUAUUCUGUAAGUUGGAAGAUGAACAGAUUCAUGGAGAGCAACUUGACUCACAUACACUGACAUUCCAGUUGAGUAAUGUUCCUUUUAUUAGAAUUCAAGGGACGAAUUUCUACUGCAUUGAUAAUUCAACAGAUAUUCACAAUGGCACUGUGCUUUCUGUCUCAAAAGUUCUUGAAGAGCCCAAGAAUUUUUCUUGUGAGACCCGAGACUUCAAGACUUUGAGUUGUACAUGGAAUCCUGGGGUGGACACUGGUUUGGCUUGGUCUAUGCAACCUUCCCAAACCUACAUUUUAUUUGAAUCGUUUUCUGGGGAAAAGAAAUAUUGUGAGCACGAGAAGUUAUGCAAUUGGAAAAUCAGUCAAGAAUUGCAAGAAACAUAUAACUUCACCCUUGUAGCCAAAAAUCUCCUAAGGAACAGGAGUGUCAAUAGUCUUUUUAAUCUGACUCAUCGAGUUCAUCCAUUGGCUCCCUAUAAUGUCAAACUUGAAAAUAUAGAAGCCACACAAGCCAGACUGACAUGGAAAGUGCUCUCCCAUGGAAAUCGUUACUCAUUUUUGUGUCAGGUUGAACUCGAAGGUGAAGAAAAAGUGAUACAACAGUCCAAUGUGUCCAUCAAGGAGAACGGGGAGGUAGUCUUCAAUGAACUGGUGCCUGACACAGAGUACAAGGCCCGCAUCCGAUGUGCUGGUGCGGACCACUUCUGGAAGUGGAGCGAAUGGAAGCAUCAGAAGUUCAGCACACCUCAGGCAGCUCCCUCAGAGGCUCCGGCUGUCUGGGGCACAGUGAGGACACAGAAUAGCAGUUGUAUUGUGAACUUAUUCUGGAAGCCACUGUCAAAACGGCACACCAAUGGCAAGAUCCUAAACUAUAAUGUAAUUACAGAAAGUCUAGACAAACCAGUCAGAGUAACACUGCACUCUACCUCAGGCCUAGCUAAUGGCAUGAAACUAACCCUAGACCAGUGUGCUUACCAAAUCAAUGUCACAGCCAACAACAGUGCAGGCCAGUCCCCUGCAUCUAUCAUUGUCAUCUCUGGAGAUUCUGAGAAAGAAGGAGCUGAAGAGGAAAUAAUUCAAGGUACAAAGGAUGGGUUCUUUGUGUCCUGGAAGCUUCUAUCUGGAGAUAACAUUAUAGGCUAUGUUGUGGACUGGUGUGCACGUCUCCAGGACCAGUUUUGUGAUUUGCAGUGGAAGAACAUAGGACCCAAUACCACAAGUACAGUCAUCAGCUCAGAUGCUUUCAGACCAGGGAUUCAAUAUGACUUCAGAGUUUAUGGAAUAUCUACAGAACGGGUUGCUUCUUUAAUAGGGAAAAAAACAGGAUACUACCAGGAACUGGCUCCUUCAAUGAACCCUAAAGUGGCCAUGACUAACUUGAACUCCCACUCCUUCACUCUGAGCUGGACAAAUUACUCCACGGAUAACCAGUCUGGUUUUAUUCAAGGGUACUAUGUCUAUCUGAAAUCCAAAGAUAGACAGUGCCCACCAGGAUUCGAAAAGGUGGAGACCUCAGAUGACUCAGUAUGCAAAUACAACAUCAAAAACCCAGAACAAAAGACAUUCGUUGUGAAAAACCUACAGCCGGAAUCCUCCUAUAACUUUUUGGUCACUUCCUAUACACGUAUUGGUGAAGGCCCCAAUGGACCCUUCCGGACAGUCGACACUCCCGAUGAACUCGCCUACACGUUGGUACAGAUCAUAUUGCCCAUGACUCUUGGUGUCUUGCUCAUCAUUUCUGUGUGUUACUGGAAAAGUCAGUGGGUGAAGGAGAAGUGUUACCCAGACAUCCCAGAUCCUAACAAGAGCAGCAUCUUGUCACUGAUAAAAUACAAGGAAAACCCUCAUUUAACAAUAAUGAAUGUCAAAGACUGCAUUCCAGAUGCUCUUGAAGUGAUAAACGAGCCAGAAAGCAGCAAGGCACAAGGCAUGGGCACGGAGAAGCCAUUCUUGGCAGGGAGUGAAUUAACCAAGCCUACCUACCGUUACCUCUUGCAAAAAGAGCACUCAGGCCCUGGGCCCUGGAUCUGUUUUGAGAACUUUACGUACAAUCAGUCAGCUUCUGACACUGGUUUGUGUGGUCAUGUUCCAGCACCCUCAAAAGACCUACAGUGGCAACUAGGACUGUUGACCCAACCUGACAACUUGCUAAAUGUGCUAGAAAGAAACUACACAAAACCCCUGGGAGAAAUCCCAGUUGGAGAAGCAAGUUUGAAUUAUGUGUCUCAGUUGGCAUCACCCCUGUGUGGAGACAAGGACAGAAUUUCAAACAAUUUAACAAUACCAGAACCCUGUUCAGACUAUAAGAUGCAAAUGGCAUUUCCCCCAGGCCCCGUGUCACCUGUUCCAAGUGAAGAACACAGCCUGUCUUCAGUGGUCCUUUUAGGUCAAGCUGAACACUAUCAUUAACCAGCAUGGACCAGAUCCUACACCACACAGACACUACGAGUAGCAUGGUUGACACCAUGUUAACACCACAGCCUUUGGGCUCUCAUCCCAGAGAGCAGUCACUGCUUGCUGGUUGGUUUAUAUAAGAACACUACAGUCUGGCUAGAUUAAACACUACAGCUAUGGCACUCGGCAUCCCCUCUUGCAGGCUUCCUUUUGAAAUAGCAGGUCAUGGGAACAUGUGGGCUUUGUUGCUGUUUGUUCUAGGCUCACCCUUAUCACAGUAUACUUGAACUUGACUGAAGGGUAGGCAUACCCACUUACUCUUCAGGCCCUGUCCUCUCAGUACUGUAGAAGGGAGCUGUGUGGGGCCCAUUUCCCAUGAGAAAAUAGCUUCAGUACAUUUUAUUCUAAUAUUUAUAUCUUUAAGGUAAAGCAACUACACUGAAUAUUUUAAUAGAGACCACAAAGAUUUAUUACUAGCAUAUAGAUAAACUGUGAAAGCU